UGCAGUGCUCUUGUUUGCAAAAAGACUAAAAAUUAAAAAUCUGAUAAAAUUCAAUCAAGUAGUAUUGGAAGUAUGACAUAAGUCCCAAUUAGAUUAUUGCUGUUUGAAAAAUUGUUUACUAAACAUCAUUGUUAGUUAUCGGUGACUGUAGUGGACUUUGGCCAUAGCUUGAUUAUAGUAUCUGAGCAGCAUGACAUCAUUAAGUGUCCAGUUACAGACACAAUUCCAACCACAACAGCAUUGAUAUUGGGAGUUAUUAGCAACAAGUUGUUCCAUCAUGGUGUCUACAGCAAUACUGACUUUGGUGCCAUUAGUUUUAAUAAUUGGGAAUCCAGCAACAGCUGUUAAUUUGGCUAUGGAAACAAAUGAUGUGGCUGAUUACUAUCUCUCCACCAGCAUCAACUUCAUCUUUGACAUAUUUCUGAGACAUUACACCAGCAAACUCAUCGAAGACGGGAACACACAGAUCCAAAUUGGUGGUUUCGAGCAGAGGUUCUCGACUCGGAUUUUAUCACUGGACAUCGAAGGGGCUGUUGUGGUGAACGACGGGUGGAUUAGUAAUAUAUCAACUGUUCACCGAACUGGAGACGCAGACUUGGACAGAAUCGGUGAGGACUUGGUUCUGUCGGCCCAUCUGGGUUUGGAUGUGUUGAAGAUCGACUACAAUGAGUACGAUGUUUCUCUUCUCGGAGAACACCAGAAAGGGAAGAUCCAUGUUAGUGUUGGCACUAACUCGUUGUGGUUAAAAGUGAACGUGCAGGUCAAACCUACUUGUCUGAUCACUUUGAGUGACUUAAAGAUUGAGAAGCUAGAUGAUAUUAAAGUCGACAUCACAGAUCUUGGGGUGUUUGAGAACUUAACCGAUGAGAUUACCUCAUGGGUAGUAAAUGAGGUUACAAAAUCGUACAAAAACUACAUUGAAAAAACAAUGUUUCCUGAAUUGUCUAAGGCUGUAAGGGAUGCCGACUUAUGUCAUUAUUUACCCAUUUAAGACUUUUUUUACUUAUGUACUGUAAAUUUAAUUAAAUUUAAAUUCAAUUGCACAAAGACUGUAGUUUAGAUUAUUUAUGACUUACAAUGUAUUAAGAAAUACAAAUAAAUUAUAGAUUUUCUUUACAAAACCACAUAUAUCAGUAGAUUCCUCAUCAUACUCUUCAGUCAUUCAGUCCACAAACUUAAGUGUAGGGGAGUGCUACAAUUGGUUUUCUUGUAAUGGAAUAUCCACAAACUGUAAGAAAACGUAUAUACCUACACUUUGGUUUUAAGAGUGGAUAAUCUGUGAACACAGCCUCAAUUAAGCUCCAUAAUGAUAGUAAUUUAAAUCAUCACUUUUUCACCAAGCUUCUUAGUCUUUACGUGGACAUGUCUCUCAAUAGGGUCGUGGCGUCGAAAAAGAACACUGUACUUACAUAGUAUGAUAGGGUGAAGUAUUAUGAAGUAUCUAAAAUAGCAAGUAUUGUAUUAGAAUUUUAGAACACAGACAUGGUGCAUUAGAUCUGUUUUAAAACUUAAUAGGCAAGAGACACCAAGACCCAAUCUUAAAUCACUUAAAAUUCUGACCCUUGUGAGCUUGGUGGGUGCUACAUUUUUGUCAGCACAAAAUAGCCUCCUUUACUGUUAGUGGGUCUUAUCAUUUUUACAUUACAAGAUGCAGGACCAUGCUAUUAGUUCACAGGCAUUCCUCCACAUGGUAUGAAAAAAGGCACUAUCACUUAUGCAUGAAAAUGUAUAAUGUCUUGCCCACUGACAUGAAGGAUUCAGAAGUUGCCUUUAAACAUAAAUUAAAAACAUUAUUACUGAAAGAAUGCUAUAUACAAUUAAGGAUCUCUUUUGAUUACAAUUUAAUACUUUUAACAAUGUCAGUAUGUUUCAUUGUUGUGUACUGUUGUUUAUUUUAUCAAGCAUGCUUUAGUCCAACUGUUGUAUUCAUGACGUGUUUUUAUCUUCUAAAAUGUGUUUUGAAGAAAUAAAUCCUUUUAUUCUCUUUGAUUCUUGAAUAAGGAUGAUUAAAUAACAGUGUUUAUAGAAUUUAACGAAGUAAAGCUAAAUUUUGUUGUUAAUACAAAUUAUGUAAUAAAUUGCUAUUAUAAUAUCUAUUAUGGAACCUUUUCUUUCUAAUUUCAUUGCUUCAUUCUAUUUUUUACUGUCCUACUGAUUAAAAAAUAAUCAUUCAGUGUUAUUCAUUUUAGUUAAAUAAUAAAAAAUAAAACAAUUUGUAAUUUGUUUCAUACUUAUAGAGGUUUAGAUUUCUGCUAAAUAUUCAGGUUAUCUAGCUUAUAUUUUAAAUUUUUGUCUUGUACUUUUGUUUUAUUUAAUAUAUGAAUUGCCAUUUGUCGCUAUUUUAAAGUCAAAAUAGUACAGUUUUAAAUUAUUUCCUUAAUACUUCAAUUCAUUAGCUUGGAGAUGAAGUGCACUUUUGCAGAUUUUUCUUGUUGUAAGCAAAAUGAAAUGAAAAUAGUCUUAAUUUAGAGAUGAAGUUAGGGCUGUACAGCCCUCUUUUCAAUUUAAUCCCAAAAAAAUAUAAACCUUACAAACGUUACUGAAAACCAACUAAAUUUAUUUUCUUUAUUUAAAAUGUAUAGCAAUAGUAUUUUGAUGUAAUUUAUGUACAAAAUUAAAAUUCAUGACAUUUUUAUAUAGCCUAAUACAUCAUCCAGAAUCUUAAGAACUACACAAAAAUUCAGACAUGCUCACACACCCAGAGUCCCGACUCCAAUGAACCUGGAGAAACAAGGUCCCUAACAACCGCACCAAUCCAUGCACUUUUAUCAGUUACUUUAAACCUUUCGGAUAGUGAGUUCCAUAAUCAAGAUGUGGUAACAGUGAAAGAUUUACUGUAGAUAGUUGUAUGAUGAUGAAGAAUAAAAGCGAAGUUGCAACGAGUGGGGCUGUUUCGGACACUUAUACUAUACAUGUUACAGAAACGCUCAGAUAAAUAAUCGGGGGAACUAUGCCUAAGAUAUAAUUUAAUAAACAUACGUCAUGAAGUUCACUAGUGUGUGUCACAUUGCGAAUAUUCAGUUGUGUGAAAAGAGGAGUCUCAUGAUCUUGGUGCCUCAUGCUAAAAAUAAAUUUUACGCUCUAAUUUUGAGCCCGCUGGAGCCUGUUGGAUAGCUGCACAGUCAUGUCAUUGAUUACAACGUCACAAUAGUUCAAGUAUGUAAAUACCAGAGUGUUUAUCAACAUCAUUUCAAUGUUUAUAGGGAGGUAGUAUGCAAAACGCUUUAAACUGUGGAUUUCUCCAAAAAUUCUAUUACAAGUAUCUUCACAUGAUCAGUCCAGGUCAAGUUCUUAUCACUAAACCAAAGUUAUUAACUUUUUCUCAAUUAGUAAAAUAACUUGUUAUUAAAUUGUAACUUGGGAGUAGUGCUGAUGUCGAUAUUGUUCAGUAAACGUGAGAUAUACCAAUAACAUUGCUUUAUUCUUGUUUUCAAUAAGUUUGAGUCUGUGCUUGAGUGCCUAAUUAGUAAUGGCUUGACUAUCUUGGUUAGUUUUUAUUUACAAAGUCGUGCAUAUAGUCUAAAGUAAAGUGGCGGUAUUUUUGUAAAUCAUCUGGAUAUAAGUAAUAAUAAUAGUUUAUCUGUAAUUUAACUUAUAGUAUAUCUAUAUCUAUAAGUAUAUCUAGACUUGGUGUUGUGCUGCAAUACUGAUGUUGUUAAUACUUGUAAAAAGUUUCAAAACAAUAAAUUGAUUGAUUGAUAA